UGCGCCUCCCACUCCUUCCCUCCCCUUUCGGCAAAACCCCAACGCCGAACAGAGCCGUCCCCCUUCCCCACCCAACCACGGCCCCGUCCCGUACCCAACCCCAGCGAAGACCCUAGCCGGAGCAUCCACCCGAUGUCUCUCGGCAGGCCCAACCGCGGCAAUGCCGCCGCAGGCCGCGGUGGCGGCGGCGCGGCGCUGCCCGGCGCCCUCGGCCUCGGGAGCUUCCCGCGGCACGACCUCCCCGCCCCACCCGACGGGCUCGACCUCAACGCCGUCGUUGCGCCGCCGGUGAGCCAAGUUGCCCCAGCCCCAGAUCGCCCUUCCCAUGUCAGUGUACAAGAAUUCCGAGCUCGUGUCCGUACCUUGGAGAGUGCUUUUUCUGAUGCGGAUUGGUUUUUAAGGGAUAUUCAAGGUGAAAUACAACAGAUGAGGGAGGAGGGGCAUGAGAAAGACAGGCAAAUCCGAUCUCUCGUUGAAGAUGCAAUGAAGAAACGUCGGUCAAGCCACAUUAGAAUCAAGCAAUUCGACCAUGAUAAAGAGCUGAUGCGUCGAUUCUUUCAGGGAUGCAAAGAAAAACUUAAGAAGUCUUCUGAUGCAUUUCGGGAGUAUAAGAAGAUGUGUGAAGGAAGUGGCGUGUCAUCUUCGGGUGUUGUGGCUGAUGAGCAAAAUCGUAUUCUUAUGAUGCGGCAGGAGUACGCAGAGAACAUUAAUGCGCUUGAGAGAUAUCUGCAUUCGAGCUUUGCAGCAUGUGCUAAAGAGAUUACAAUGCUGGCAACAAGGAUUGCAUACCUCAACAAUGAACGUCAAAGGCUGAAUGAUUAUAUACAAAUUCCAGAUCUUAACAAUGGGGGUCCUCAACUGUGAAUUCUACAUUGGAGCAGACUACAAGGGUGACGCAGGUGGCCAUUGAAGCUUUUGCCAUGAAGGAUGGGCACUGAAGAUGAGGAGGAUCGCAUAUAUUUUGGUGUUGCUGACAUAACCAAGAUGCCGCAACAUGGUGCCUUAAGUAUUAUUAGUUCUGUAGCCUGUAGCCUGUACCCGCAUACCGUGCUAUGAAACAGUGAUCCUUUAUAGACUUACAUCGCAAGACUUUGUUUGAUGUAAAGCCUAUUAUCAAAGACUCGAAAUGUAGCAUCACCUAUUCCUUCUCUCCAGUAAUGUUAAUUAUUCCAUCUAUA